UCUGACUUUUACUUUAAAUUACUACACCUUCAUGGUUCAAAGUCAGUUGCCCCAAAGGCCAGAUCAAAUGACCCUUACCCUUUUGUUUAGAGUAAAACAAACCAAACACCUCGACCUUAAACAAGACACUCAUGAAUAGAAACUACAGCCUUUUUUGUUGUCAAGAAGUUUGUAAUGUUUUCUCUUGGGGGAAAUGUAAGCCGUGGUUUUGUAACUCGGCCACCUGGCUUUGUUUCCGAUGACGCGUGUUCGAAGGCUGUUGUGUCGGCGAUUCUCCCGCCGACAAUUUAGCAGUUUCCUCCCUCUACAUCAUACCAUCUCAGCCCGCUCGUCUUGUUUAUUUGCCGAGGUUAUUCGGUGGGAAAUGUCGUGCUGCUGAGAGGUGUGAAUAUUGAGUUUGUGGACAUCCAUCUUAUCAGAUAUCAAAUUAUUUUUGAAGAGUACAAGUUUCGCCGGGUUACGGAAUAAUUUGGAUAAAUACUGCCUUGUCAGAUGAGGAAUUCACAACACAACGAGGGGCGAACAUCAUUUCACCGCCGAGUGAUAAAACAAAAAUAACUUUCCAGAUGUGACUAGCGCUGCGCUUGGAGGAAGUGAUUGUUUGUUUUCUACAUCACAGAGCACUGGCAUUUUAAGUUCUUUCUUUACACGCGUUAAUUAUCCUGUUUUAUCGAGCACUUAACACUUUUGGCUAAGUCAAAAGGCCAACAUUGGAAAGAGUGAGAGCAAACAUCUUAAAUGCUGCGAUUUGGACGACUGCAAAAGCUUCAACUCGCACGAUAUUCUCGCGGAGAACAAUCAGGCAUGUUGCAGUUGGGGUUUCGACCGGCAAAAUAAAAUAACUUUCGCUCCAAGGAAUCGGAAGCAAUGAUCGAGGCAGUUUUUAUUCGCGACUGACGGAGUUUGGAAUCCAGGGCGAGUUUUACGUAUCGGUGCCGUGGGAAACCAACGGGACGACAUCAGGACAUUUCAGACUUUCCUUGUCGGUUAUUUUGCCCGGUUACCCCGUAUCCUGCAAUACGGCAAUCCAGCUAGGGAAACUCCUGCCUUUCCACAGACGGUGUGACACCGGCAGCAUUUUGCCUUUGAGCCGCAUCAAUUGAAACAAUCAGAUCAAAGUCUUUUUGAAAGUGCUCUCCACCGCCGCCACAAUGUCCGCAACGGCAAAGUCCGAGUCCUUAAGGACCCAUCGUGAUGCACGGCAGUACUGCCAGCGUCGACACCAGAAAACCAUGGGGAAGUGCGCCCGUGAGGAACGGCAGAGCGACGCGCUCCUCGCACGCCAACUCCGUCACAUCCAGAAAUCCAGAGCCUACCGGGAGAAGGAGCUGGACCGUGAACAGGAGAAAUGCUUGACGGACCUUGUGGCGAUCUUUGACCGCCAGUGUCAGAUAGCCACCACCAGGCUUGCUCGGAGAUUGAAAGACGCACUUGGAGACAAAGAGAUUGUAGAAGGAUUAUGGAGUAAGAAAACUGACAAUGACCAACACGUUGGCAGAGCAAAACGAGAUGGUUUAAAACAAGCAGGAACGCAUCACUCCCUGCUUAACGGCAAUGUUAGGAAUUCAUUUGGUAACACUUCACGAGGGUUAACACUUACUGAUACACCUUCACAUAGGCAACACCACAAUGGCUACAAAGUACCAAAUAAUAGAAUAACACCAGUGACUAGUUUAUCUAAAGAUAAUCGCAUCAUCAGACCUGAUUCACCGGUACCAUGGCAACAGAGGACAAGAGCAAAGGGGCAUCAGCAACUGCCAAAUCUGAAUCAAAAUCAGUUGUUCAGAAACCAACUCAGCAUCCGGGAAUCUGUACUGCUCCAAGUAACCAAUGGAGGCGUUGCUAGGAGACCAACAUCUUGUCAGCAGAGAGCCACAAGACCAAAGACAGCCCCGGAAAUAGGGGAGACAUGCUGGUCAUCAAACAGCCGUUGGGAUGAGCUCGCUUCCCAGGUACGGUGUCCUCAACACUGCAAAGAUGCUCCCGCUCACAUUAGUACGGCUAGGAGUCUAAGGUGUCUGCUACAUGACACCUCAGAAAGCAAGACGGCAACACCUGUCUUGGAUGCGCCAGAGGAUGUAAGUUUCCGUCGGCAAUAUAUGGCAUGCGUCAUGUCACGUAAGCUACCAGUGAGCGGGUUACGAAGCGGGAGCUUCGCUCAACAAGAUGACGUCAGAAAGAAGAUGGAAGCACGGAGGAAAUGUAUGGAAGAAUUGCGCAUGACCAAUAGGCAGAGGGCCAAGUCGGCUCCUGCUGGACUGGUGCGCAUGUUCAGAAAUGACCUUUCAGCUAACUAAAAUGUAAGGACAAUUUGAAAGCAGUAGGAAGAUGAUCGCAACACAUUUGCCGAAACAUUUGUUCUUUGACAGAGCGUCACAAAGGUUGUUUUUAAGUGUGAUAUCGACUCGUAUGGAACAACAAAUGUCUGGAGUGCCAUUUGUUUUUAGUAAUAUUUGGUAUUUUGCACCUAGAAAAAAGUGGUUUGAUGUAACACUGAUUAGCUUAACACGAAGUUACCCAGAUUUUAAAGAGGUUUCUGUGAAUUGAAUUUAAUACUUGUAAAUUGUUGUAGCUUGUAAACUGGUGAUGUAACUAAAGGAUGUUGCAUGUAUUAAUAUAACGGGGGAAAACAGUUGUAUUGUUUGAAGCGAUAGUGUGGAAGAGAAAGACUGAAUACAUACGUGUCCCAAAAAAAAUACAUGUCGUAGUUUUGAUCCAAAAUAUCUCUGUUGUUUACCAAUGGAAUUAAACCAAAAUUUCAAAUCAUAUAAACAAGGCAUGACAAAUUGUAUGAAGCAAGUGUCAUCGGCUUUGUGCAAGAGGCUGCGAUCUAAACGACAUACGAAAAAAAAUACUUUCAUGAUGUCGAUACGGCGCUGGUACAGAAGACGCGUGUUGCGGCCGACAAUGAAGCUUCUGAAAGAAUGCAACCAGGAUCACCCUUGAUAUCACUGCACACCUCCUCGAUCAUGUUUUGCGACAAACUAUCGAGGUGUGCAAUGACAUCGCGGAUGAUCCUGCAUUCAUUUACGGAAGCUUAUGACCGCAGCACGCACCUUCCGCAACGCGUCUCCAUCGUUGUAUCGACAUUGGAGGACACCAAGUCGAAAGUGACAGAUUAGUGAGUAUUUUUGUUUCAUAUGGCGUUUAAAUCUUACCCUUUUGCCCCAAGCUGAUGAAACUCGCUCCAUAAAAAUUGCCAUGCCCUGUUUACAUGAUCUGAAUGUUUGGUUUAAUUCAACUGGUAAAUAAUGGAGUUAUUUAGGAUCAAAGUUGGACAUUUUGAGUUGGAUUUCUUUAACAACCAGGAUGAUAAUUAUUUGGCACGCAAACAAGAAAUAGAAUCAAAUUGUGAAUGUUAAUCAAGUUUUUAAAAAGGUAACUAACAACAUAUUGAACACAAACAAUGUAAAAUCCAAUGUCCAACAACUUUAAUCUAAUCAAUCACAAAAAAUGUAAUUUGGCACAAUGAUUCUAAUACUGUUUUCAAUCUCGAAAAGCAAUUACUUUCAUGAAUAUUUUUAAUACAUUGCACUAGGCAGUGAAUAUUCAUUUUU